AUGGCAAGCAAUGAUUCACAUAUAUUAGUCGAUAUAUCAAAUAGUACUACAAGGCAUAUUCUCACAUCUCUUGAGGUUAUUAUAGAGCAAGGUGAUAGUUUUGAAAUCAUCGAUGUCAUGUCGCCUUCAUCGAAUGGAAAAAGACUUUCAAUGGAUCAACUAACGGCAAUACACUUAGUAGGAUAUGAGGCAGUCAAAAAUGGAAUGAUAUUUAUGGACAUCUUUAUUGCUGUUUGCUCAGCUAUUCUCCUUUCGAAAUAUCGUUUGGCAAUCAUCCUCAAGGUAAUAGCUUCAGAUGUGAUCAAUGGUAUGCUCAUAAAAUAUCAACUGUUGAUCAUCAGCACCAUCCGUUUCCGUACUAUAAAACAAGGAUCACCGCAAAUAUAUACGACUCCUAAGAUCUCUAAUCACCAGGCAGAAAAGAAAAAUAAACGCGAUGCACAAGGAGAAAAGAGUGUAAGCAUCCUCUUUUCUGUGUAUCCAAUCAACAAACGAGGUCCAACCAACGAUGGUGAAAUGUAUGAGUUGCAAUCUUUGUAA